AUGGAAAAUACUGAGGAGGAUUACCGCCAAAAAUUGAUACCCCAGCUCAAGGGCAAGCUGUGGUAUUGUUUGGAACAGCAGGUUAAGAAGGAGCUGCCGAAUGGUGUGAAUUACUCGCCAAAAUUUAUAAAUGCACUGGUCGAGCUGAGUUUUACGCAACUUGUUGACAUUGGUUGCGACCUGGAGGCGUUUGCGAAGCAUGCGGGCCGCGAGACUAUUGUUCCUGAAGAUUUGAUGCUCAUGCUGCGAAAGUCUCAAGAUUUGCAAACACUGCUUCGGCAAAAACUGGAGCGCGAUGCACCAGAAGCGAGAACGAACAAGCGAUAA